AUAUUGUCAAAUUGUCCACUCAUGCUAGUUGAUGCAUUGCAUCAAUUAUAAGUUCAUGUGUCUGUCUGCUUAUUGACAAUGAAAAUUAGCCAAUGAACGCACAGGAAAUUCUGCAGUUAUCAUAAAAGUGGAAACUGAUACUUUGAAUGUAGGAUGAUAAAAAAUUGAACUGGCCAUAUUUCUAUACUUGAACACAUACAUGUAUACAAUAUCUAGCAUAAGAAUAGCCUGUUCCAGCUGAUUGGUUAGUUGGGGAGCAGUGCAAAAAUCUAAGUGAAGGGCUUGGAGUGAGGAGCAAAAGAAUGUCUGUGAGAAUAUUUAACAAAUUCUCCUUCCACUCUACCAGAUUCUGGUAAGCCCUCUGAUUGGUCCAUUUUCACAGUUAAGUCAACACUUGAGUUGAGAGUCAUGUGCCAUUCUUAUGGUAGAACCAUGAAGGCAGUUCUAAGAACUGGACAAUUUUUUACAAUUAAUGUACUGUUCUCAUUUUGGAAAGGAGGUGUGUCUUGAAGAAGCAUGUUUUAGCUUAGACUUUAUUAAAACUCAUAUACCUUAUUAAAAAAUAACAAAUUUCUCUCUACAGUGGUGGAUUUUUCACCAUGCAUCAUAAGGUUGUUGAUGUGACUCAAGAUUUGGACACAAUUUAUGGUUUGUUGGACCCCGUGGUGGUGGAAACCUUUGUCCAAGAGACUCUUCCUUUAUUUGAACGUCACUGUAAAUCUGUUCUGACAAAUGUGGAUACAGAAAGCUCUGAUGAACUGCUUAAAGUUACAGAAAGGAGUUUAAGUGAGCCCAUUGUAAGUUAUUUCACUCAUGGACACAUUCUUGACAGAGACAAAACCAUGAGUUCUCUGAGUGAUUAUAAGCCAUUUGUCCUUCUGGGAUCACACUCCUCAAGGCAAAACAUCCACAAUUCCGAGAGACAGUCCUUGUUGAACAAUAACACAACCAUUGGUAACAGUGGCAUUGGUGGCAGUGCUGCAUUACAAAUGGUCUGCUUUGCUGUGGAGCCUAAAGGGACAAUGACAUGUGCAAGAACUUAUUUUCUACAAAAUGGAUUUGUACCAAUCUCAUUAAGUGAUACGGCAAAGAAGUCAUCAAUUGUGCACAGUAAGGACUUGAGGUUGCUUAUGGAUCUUUACCUUCUGUCAAUCACUGCUGUUGUAGAGGGAGUCAAGACAUUUUCACAAGCGUUUAACAAACAAAAGAGUUACUCAGCUGUUAUGUCCGUGCUGAAGACUGGUUGGGAGGAGAGACGUGUUGAAGUGAAAUCCUCUUUUUUGUCGAGCAAUGUGGAAUUUUCCAUUCAUGCUUGCAAUUCUCAUGGCAGAAGUGUUCAUCUCCAAGACAACAGACCACUCUGUGCUGUGAAAAGAGCGUGCUUAUAUUUGUACGAUGUACCGAGUGUGGAACAUCCUGGGCAGAUUUUAGGUUCAGUAGUGUUUGGUGAAUCAUUCCUAGACUCUGCAAUCAAGACACUUGUUCCAGACAGUUCAAGUGUAUGGAAUAGCUCAUUUGUAUUCCUGACGGAAAACAUCCCUAGAUUUGUUUCAUGGAAGGGACAUGGCAUUGAAAGACAAAUAUCUGAAGAGAUGGAGUCUUUUGCCAAGUCCAAGGUUGAUAGCGAAGUGUUGGGAAAACAACUGCUCUGUGGCAAUCAAGUGUUUAUUUCAAGUUUAUUCAACAGAUGGGAGGCAGGUUCUCUGUAUAUAUAUGAGCAAGGCUUUCUGUUCAUUCAUCCCAGAGCUGGUGCUAUUCUUCUGCCGACUUCCAAUCUUUCUAAAGUGCAGUUUUAUGACAAGGCUUCCACCAGCUCCAUAGCACUUCUGGUCCUAACAUAUCAUUCCAGCAUCGAGGAUAAUCUCCCCUGCUAUCUCACAAGGAAACAUGGCUGCUUGGUUUUGGCUCUCACACCACGCUCAAGGAUCUACAGACAAUUUUACUCUGAUGUGAUGCAUCUGUGGAAAGAAAAUCAACUGCCUAACUUUCCACAGUUUGAAACUGUAGUUGAGUUACCGGCUGAUUUAAAAGAACAGUAUUUGUAUUUACAACAUCAGCUAAAGCUUCAGAGUACAGCAGAUAUACAGAGUACAGCUGAAGUCUUGUCGCCCAGUUUGAAAAGCUUCUUGAGUCACUGCUCUGUGAGUAGUUCAUUAGGUGAUAAGCCCGUAAAAUGUGACGAUCUACCAGUACUUCUAGGCAGCAGCCCCGCAGGCGAACAGAAACAGUCACAGGAUUUUGAGUUGUUAUUAACAAUACUGACUGGUGUACCCGGCAGUGGUAAAGACUCGCUGUGUUUAGCUCUUGUGGCACUGGCCAAGGAGAACAGCAGAUGGAUAAUCUUACAGAGACCUGCAACCAAUUCAGAUCCGUUUGAUCCUAAAGUUUUACAGGAAUCCCUGACCAACACUUUGUCAAGUCAGAGGCGCCUUCAUGCAAGGUUGUCCGCAAGUGGCAAAAGACUCCGUGUUAUUGUAGUAACACCAGGGUUUACAGAUGUCGCAGAUGUAGUGCAGGCCAUAAGAACUCAUCCUGAUGCAGAAGUUGCCAAGUGUCUCAAGAUAGGAGCUGUAACAUGCUGUAUAGACCCGCUUAAUACCUUCAUGGAAAACAGAAUGACGCUGCCCAAACUGCUGGAACAGUGUGCUCAAGGUUUGGUCAACAAUGCUGUGUUCACGAGUUGUCUAGAGCCACAGAAUGAGCAGCUGAGUUUGGUUCAGAAACUUGUGCGAGCUUGUAACCCUGAUGUGGCCUUUAUUCUUGCAAAAGGUGGAGAAGUCACAAGGACACCUGAUGUGGAGUUAAUUUUGUCAGACAGUGCAUUUGAUGAAGACAAGAUGACUCAGAAGAGGCAGUUAAUGUGUCCAGGCUGGUCUCUGGGAUUGUUUUCCUCUGGGCAUGCAGACCCGCAGGUUAACGAGAUUAGUGUAUCGUUUUAUGGACCAUUAAACAAGUCAAGAUUUGUUGCUAAUCUUAAAGCACUUCACGGACCCGUAUCAUCCAAAGGAAUACGAGAAACAGGAGCGAUUCACAGUCUACAGGGCCAUGUCUGUUUCUCAGAAGAGGCUCCUAAUAAGAAGGCGCACGUUCAGUGGUGCCGUCUGAAUGGGGUGCUGAGAAUGAAUCCUGUAGAUAGCGCUGCAAUUCCUCGACCCCCAUCAGCAAAGGCCCGACAGAAUGGCACCAUAGAGGGAAUCCACGAGUACUUCAUUGUGUUCACGGGAUUUCAUCUUCAACAGCAGGUCUUGAAAGAUUGGAUCAAAACCUGCUGUAAACCGGCACCAGUGAAAUUAAAGUUGAAAAUGCGGAAGGACUUGUCAGACAAAGAGAUAACCGACAUAAGUUCUAAGCACAGAUUCGACCCGUUACCUCCUGGUUGGUUUUACAAUGGUUCACACUACGUCAGUCUUACAGGCGAUAAAGACUACAAUCACCCAUUACUUGAAACAUUUAUAGAAGAUUACUUGUUAGCUGUUAACGAAGACAUCAAGCGUCAUAAUACCCAGACAGACAGUCAACCUGCUGUUGACAUUUUCACCAAGCCAAAGAGCAGCUCUUAAUUCGCAAAACAUGUUUUGUCGUACUUAUAACUUAAUAUGAACACAGUCAUUAUCGCUAAUUUAUUGUUAACCGACCGUUUCCAAUGGUUGUAAAACGCUCUUUAGUGUCAAUAAUAUUAUUUAAUUACUCUUUGGGGCUUUGUUAAGUUUCUCCCUGACUUUGGCGUCAAAAGCGUGGCGGGAUAAAUCCCACGAUACAUUUACGAAAAAAAUAACACAAAAUUUCAAUAUAGAACAAACCAAAGGAAAAAAAACAAAAAAAAUGACCGUGUACCUUUUGUUUAUGAACCCUGGUGAUAAAUUUGUUGAAAUAUUUUCUUGCCCAGACUAUCAAAAAGUUUUGAAAUGUAUGAUCUGCUGUGUUAUUUUGGUCUCAUCAUUUAUUUUUUGAAGAAGCGUCCCUAGUACAUUAAUAAAAGCCCCUCAGUGGUGCACUCCAGUUGUAAUUCACACUGCCGAAUGAAGUUUAGUCGGCUUUAGUUUUGUACAAUUUUUUUUUUUUCAAAAAAGAAUUUAUACUUUUUCACAAUAUGAGACUAAGUGUAGAGAAGGCGCCAGCGCUAAAGUGAAUCUUCAAUUUUGUUACGCUCGUACAGUCGUCCAUAACGAUUCAAAUGAAAGAGGUUCAGUUUUAUUCUGCACCCGUGUGACAGUAGACCUGCAUUCUUGUGCCGUUUUAUUAAUCACAUAGUAAAUCAUAGCAAUUACUUAGGGUAAAAAUUGUGUGUGAAUACAGCGAGAACUGGACAGCAGCAAAAAAAGAAAGAAAACAAAAACUGGAAGUGAAUGACUUGGGAUUUCAGAGUCGCUGUUUCGCUAUGACUGUUCUUUCAUUAGACAACGUUAGACUGUCUACGUCGUCAAGGAAAAAAGUAUUUUUUUUUUUAUUCGCGUUUAAGUUGCUCGCACCCUUUUCCAACAUUUUCUUCCUUUAUUCUUCGAUGAAUCGAUACUACCACUCUUUCUUCAGUUGAUUCUGUACUUUGAGCCUUAAGUACUUAUGAUUCAGAAACGAGUCUGUUGAUCCCCAUGUUUAUUACUAAAUUGUAGUUGGCCUGUUAAAAUAAACUUUUUGCCAAUUUUAAAAACAUUGUGAGAACGGGCUCAGAACCACUUUAAUAUUUCAAAAAUUCAAUAGGGCUUUGAAUCCGCUGCCUCAAUUUUUGUUAAUUUUGUGAAAAGUGGACUCUCGACAUACUGAUUACAACUGAACCGAAAAGGGAAAUGACGGAACUUCGUUUUGGAGUUCUAAGCACUCAAAGCGAAAAUCAAGAGUGGUGUAACAGGUCAUGACGUUGCUAUGGUUACUUGUUACGUCACGAAAAAGACUAACGAUUUGAUACCGUUGUUAUAUCAUCAACUGAAUGGUAGUAUCGAUCCAUUAAGGCAGAAGUGCUGAAGAAUUGCUGUAAACUUUGGCUAGUAACCUUAACAAUGUUUUACGACUUAGCGUACAAUUUCCAGGUUUAGCUCGAACUUUUAUACCCUGGUUAUUUUGUUUCUCCACGUAGAGUUUGUCACAAGUUAGCAAAUAUUUUCCAAAGUUUAUAUAAUUAUAAGAAAGUGUGAACACGUUAAGUAUUUAUUGAGUAUUCAUUAAAUUAUUGAGCUGGCUAGCCAGUUAGUGGA